UAAAAGGCGCAAUUUGUGGUUCGCAGGCGUGGUACGCCUCCAUCACACUCCUAGUCAGUGGAGGGUUGUGGUAGUGUACGUAGUAGACAGACGAGAUAAAUCUCAAUUUAAAUGCCCCCUCUAUUUAUCAGCCCUCCCUGGGGUAUGGGAACUUAGUGUAUUGACGGUCCAGCCUAUUAAAUCUAGUGCUUCCACGGUCAUCUCGGAUCAGAAAACCUUGUUUUCACUUCACUUCUUACUUAAAUCCGGAAACUAAGAGGCGUAAGCAGGAAUCAAGAGUGGUGGCCCGUCAUCAUGGCAUCUCCAACGCACGAUCAGGAUGACGCUGCACAAUACCGGGAAAUAAACGACGGACAACCUUCACUGUCUCAAGCGCCGGCCGUGAUUCCAACGCUGAACCUUCCUCGAGAGGAAAACGAUGAUAACUCUGCCGGGGAUAAUGAUUCUGCGAUUGAUAUUGAAAGCUAUAGGAGUUCUACGUAUUCCAUUACAUCUAGUGUCGCUGAAAGACUUGAGGAAAAUGGGCGUACUUACCAUACUUAUAAGGAAGGCAAAUACAUGCUCCCGAAUGACGAAACGGAGUUGAACAGAUUAGAUCUUCAACACCGCAUGUGGGAGAUCACGCUUGAUGAUCAGCUCCACCUAGCACCGCUCGAGCCAUCUCCACAACGGGUACUGGAUAUCGCUACGGGUUCGGGUAUCUGGGCUAUCGAUUUCGCAAACAAAUACCCGUCCGCUGUGGUUACCGGUACUGAUCUGUCAGCCGUACAACCAGAAUACAUUCCUCAAAACUGCGAGUUUCAGAUCGACGAUGCUGACGAUGAAUGGCUGUUCUCGCGGCCGUUCGAUUAUAUACAUGGGCGCGCCUGCGCUACCUGCUUCAAGUCACAUAGAGAAGUUUUCCGGAAAGCCUACGACAAUCUCAGGCCGGGCGGGUACUUCGAGAUGCAAGACCUCGAUUUGCAAACCUCGGAGGAUGGCAGCAUCGAAGGCACGACGUUAACUGUUAUCCAGGAGAACGUGCACGCAGCCUUGGCGUCGGCCGGCAUGCGCUGGGAUAACGCGAGUAACUAUCGGCAGUGGAUGGAGGAAGUGGGUUUUGAGGAUGUCACGGAGAUCGUUUAUCGAUGGCCUUCCAACCCUUACUGGCCCUCAGACCCUAAGGAAAAAACGUUGGGAGCCUGGUUCUUGGCGCAGGUAGGAUGUGGAUUGCUCGAGAGCGUGUGUACGAGGAUCUUCAUGACAAAAUUGGGUUGGUCGAGGGAGCGGCUGAAUGAGUUUCUCACGAAAGCUGAGAAGGAUUUGAAGGAUCGCAAGAUCAAAGCGUAUUCCCCGGUGUAUGUUGUAUACGGCCGCAAGCCGAGGACACUAUCGGCUGAAUAAAGUGGGAGUACAAAGUAAACCGGCAGUGACCGACCUACACCUGGGUUAUCGUAAUUCACCUUGAGUACAUACAAAAAACUGCCUCUGACCAU